AUGCACUCUGCUUUUAUCCUCUUUGCAGCUCUGGCUGCCACUGCUUCCGAGGGGGCAACCGAAGUCCAAGUCUUCCAACCCGCCCCCACGACCCUUCCUCUGCACGCCAUCGAGGCCAGUGUCGUCGAUGCCAAUGCUGUUGCCACCACUCUCGCCAUCAAGUGUGAGGGAAAUAUAUAUCCGCCGGACGCUCGCUGCGCGCUCUGCAGCCCUUUUACAAUCACCCAGGGCCCAUCCACCUACAGCGUGAGUGCAGUCUACUCAGCCUCGGCCGGUGGGGUCGAGGAAACCCACACUGUAGUACAAGAUUGCGACGUCACAUCCUCCACGGAGUUGGCCACAUGCACACUGUCCGCCAAGGUGGAGGUCUCGGUUCUCGGAAGAAAGACCAUCACCACGUCCUCGGCGACCGUUACCCUUCACUCUGGCGACAUUUGGUAUACGCCUGUUGUGGUGACUGCUGGCGCGGAGAAGUUGACGGCGUCUCGAGCCACACAGACACUGUCUGAAACAACGCAGAUACGUUCUACAGCGACGCAAACGGCUGGAAAUGAUGCCGCUGUUGCUGCGAACGCUGCGUCGGGCAAUAUGGGACUUGGUCAGGCUGCUGUGGCGGCUGUCGCUGCCGCUGCAAUUGGGUUUUUGUAA